CGGGUUAAUUACACCAUUAAGCUGCGCUGUUUAUGUGAAAUUGAGUUUAUUUUACUGUAUUGUUUGGUUGUUUGGGACAAUAAUAAAAAAUAGAAACGUGAAUUUUGGAACACGACACAGCAAGACAAUGUUGCAGUACACCAUGCCUGUUAGUAACACUGGGUUUCUGAAUAUUUGUGAUAGACUUUACCGACCGGCUUGAAUUGAAGUGAACGUGUCUAAAAAAGUGUGCAUUUUGUUUUACUGAUUUGAUGAAUUCACGUCAUGUUGCAAAGAUGUCAAUGUCAGCUGUGCAUGCCAUGGGAUUGACUGCUCACUUGUGUGAGUGCGAGGCUAAACUUUACUGCUAGGCAAAAGCUGAUGAAGAGAUGACAGAUUUAUAAUUUGGUAAGAUCCGAAGAAGGAGGACAUCACAGAAUUCAUAAGAACCACUGUUCCUAAGAAUAGAGAUGGAGGAAGGAGAGCAGUUGGAUGUGCUCGGGGAACAGCUUUACAGCAUCAUUUAUCCCAAGUACUCAGACAUUGCUGGAAAACUGACAGGAAUGCUGUUGGAACUCCCAGCGUCAGUAAUAGAAGAGAUGUUAAAGGAUAAAAGAAUGCUGAGUGAUGGUAUUGAGAAAGCACUUUGUGCUCUUCAGUUAUCAAGCAGUAAUAGUAAUUCUGAGUCCACAGACUCACUAGGGGAACGUCUCUACAAUCUUAUUGAUCUCUACAACACUGGUCACAGUGAGAAGAUAACAGGAAUGCUGUUGGAGCAGAAAAAGGAAGACAUGAAGAAGUUAUUUGUGGAUUCAAAACUGUUGGAAGAAAAUAUUAAUGUUGCAUUAAAAACACUUGAACAACAAAACCGGAUUGAGUUGGAAACCCCCAUUUCAUCAGAGUUUGAUGAGAAGGAAAAGCUGGGAGAGAGUCUGUUUGCAAUGAUAGAGGAAAUUGAUGCAGAGAACUGUGCAGACAUUACGGGUAUGCUGUUAGAAAUGGACAUGUGUACCCUGCAGAAGCUGCAGUGUGACAGGGUGGCUCUUGAGACUGCAGUACACAGAGCUCAGGCAGCCCUGCUUUCUUCUCCAGCGCUGGACACCGCUAUGGAGAGUGACUUGGACAGUGAGACAGAGACAUUGGGUGAAGAACUAUACUCUUAUAUCAUUUCUACAGAUUUUAGAAAGUAUGCAGACAGGAUUACAGGGAUGUUGCUGGAAUUGCCCAAAAAACUUGGAGUUGACCUUUUAAACUCACCGGAUAGACUAAACAUGAAACUGGAGGAGGCUGCUUCAGUUCUUGAAGAUAUUUAAUUUCUGUAAUUGAAAUCAGACAACAAAGUAAUUGCACAAUAGUAAUGUGUUUUUUUCUGUGGAAAACUAAAAUGUAAAUACUAAAUAUGCUCACUGAGAUUAGAAUUAGUUUUGGUUCAGUCUUAGAUAGCACUGCACUUUAAAAGUUAUUUUCAUGGUGAUCAUUUAAAGUAUUAAAAAAAAAAAAAAAUCAGAAUUAAACUAAUUCUCUUACUCUUUCCACUGGCAAGAGGAAAAGAGGUCAUCACUACUUGAACAAGUGUGCAAAAAGGACUGCUGCAAUUUUGUUUCAUCAAAUAUUUUUUGCGUUGUAAAUGUGCUUGAGAUAAUGUGUCCAUCAUCUCAAGCACGUUUCCCAAUGCAAUAACGAUAUUCAAACCUGUACAUUUACAGGGCAAUUAACAAACACACCAUAUGACAAACUGUUUGGGAGGGAUGCUCGACACCUACAAAAUGGCUCACACAAUCAUUACUAUACAUCUGGGCGGACUUAAGGCACAGAAGCACAUGGCAGCCGAGCACCUGCUAUCAUCCCUGUAUCAGUCUGUCAGAACUGCUGUAGUACAGUACAUACCUCUAAUCCCUGUGUGCACCCUAAAUUGGUGCAAAUCCAAUCUAAAACAGUUGGUCAGUAUUGGGGGGAGUCGUUUUAGUGUUCGUGAUAGACAAAUGCCCUAAUUCUCUGUCAGCGCAGAAAGACAGCACGCACAGAGAACAGCCCCUGAGGCUGUAGUUACUGAACCAUGAUUGCUCUAAUUACACCAGACUACAUUACAAUUAGAAAGUGGUUGGUUAUGUUCUGUAGAAAAACGUAAUUUUAUUAUAGGAAGUUUUGCAUUCUGUGUAUAGAAAUAACAUACAUAUUUGAUUGCCUCAUCUGCAGAAGUGGCAGGUUUAUGAAUGCUUUAUUGUAAAUAUAUAGAAUACUUUAUCAGAUUAUUGUAAUAUGGUGGUUAUGGGACUUAUUAUAAACUUUUGUUAGUCAUAUUAGCAUUUUAUGUAUAUUUACAACAACACAGAAAUUUAAUUGAAUUGACCCAGUGCUACGGUAUACUGUUGUAAGGUUAAUAAAAUGAGGAAACAAUGUAACCCUAUUAAUGUGCACGACCCCCAUUGGUUAAAUGUAUAAUGUAAUUGGUGUAUAGUAUCAUCAGAUUCACAGGCAACAUUCUUAAGUGCCAUAGUGUUUCAUACACAGCUUUUUCACUAUCACUUAAGACACAGAGAAAGUUGGUUUCAAACUUAAUUUUGAUUUUAAUGUGAAGUUGUUCAUACACAUUGACAUAGUCGUACCUUUGACACAUGAACUGUCUCUUUAAAAACAGCAGACAGUUCCAGGGGUACAAAUUAGAAACUCAUUUAAAAUUAAAUAGGUAUGUUUUCUAUGUAAAAAUGUUUGAAGAAAAAAUAAAAUCGUAAAAUCCUGAAACACAACAGCUUCAUGAUACAAACAAUGCUUUGAACUGAAAGCAAGGCAGUAGGUAUGUUAAAGAAGUAAAAAUGUACUCAACCAUUCAAACUAAACAUUUUUGCAAAAUGUACAUAAUUUUUUUUUACAGUACGUUAAUAAAAGCACACUUUACAAUAUCAAAAGUAUUUCAACAAUGUAACUUGAACUUAACAAUUUUUUCUCUUUUCUUAAGCAUUGUUAAAAUAU